GUACCGCUUUACGCCAUAAUCGAACAAUGGACACGACUGAAGGUAGUAAUCCCACAGAAAAGGAUGCUGUGGCUGAUAUCAAGCCAGAAGAGAGUGAUAAUCCACUUAUUCAAUCAGUUUUACAAGAUUUGGUUGACCUGGAUAAAGAUUAUAUGGAGUUAGAGCUUGAUAAUGAAAAUUACAAAAAGAAACUAGAUGAAGUUAAAGUGUUACAGAAGAAAUGCUUGAGUGGAAUUGCCCAUCAGCGAUACAGGAUCAAGAAAAUAAAUGAAGCUCUCAAAGCUAUCCCAAAUCCUUCAACUGAGGACAAAAAACACAUGACAGAGGCACAAAACAGAAUGACCAAGAGGAAAAAUACAUUUCGAGACUUUGAAGAUCAUUUGCCUCAUAAAAAUGGGAUCUACCUUAAUAUUAUACUAGGUCAAGUCAACAUUUCUCUUCUAAACAAAGAAGAUAAAUACCUAUACAAGCAGGACUAUGAGAGAUUUAAGCUAACACUCAGCUAUAUUCAGCUGGGAUUAUCCAUGAUACUGGUGUUUGCCAACUAUAUUGUAAACUUCACAAGUCUCAGAUGGGCAGAUUCUGUGUUACAUUUCCUGCUAGUAUGGUAUUAUUGUACACUAACAAUUCGGGAACAGAUUCUGAUUGUGAACGGGUCAAGGAUAAAGGGUUGGUGGUUACUGCAUCAUUUCGUCUCAACAGCAUGCUCUGCUAUUACUCUGAUAUGGCCUGACGGCUACUCCUAUCAGUCAUUUAGAACACAGUAUGGAUGGUUUAUUCUCUAUAUUGCUUUCGUGCAAGUGUUACAGUACUAUUAUCAGAGAGGGUGUCUGUAUCGGUUGAAAUGUCUCGGCCAGCGACAUGACAUGGAUAUUACAGUUGAGGGAUUCAUGUCCUGGAUGUUCAAAGGUUUAGCCUUCCUCUUGCCAUUUCUCUCCUUUGCUUAUUUUUUCCAACUGUAUAAUGCUAUUAAGUUAUAUCACCUAUACCAAGAUCCAAGAUGUACAGAAUGGCAGGUGCCUGUGUUAAGUAUAAUCCAUCUAGUGCUGUUUCUAGGCAACAUGACAACAACGUUGAAAGUGCUGAAACAGAAAUUCACAGAGGACAUGAGGAAUAAAAAGAAGUUUUAUAAAAACAAGUACCGCUUCAAUAACAAACAGAAAGUUUUGUAAAUACAGAAAUGAAAAAAUAUAUUUAAGAGAGGUUUAUUUGAACAUGUAAAUUAUGAGAAAUUACUUAUUUUAUAUAGUUAUUUGGAAAAAAAAGAUGUAAAUAAUUGAUGUUAAUAGGGCAUGAGUAUUGCUCAUAUGCAUGUAAAGUGAUCAGAAAAUAUUGAAUAUUUUAAAUAGAGUUACAAUAUUUUUCUUAUAAGACUAAUAAGGACAAGAUUUUUUAUAUGAAAUGAUUUUUUUACAUUAUUGAAACAAUUGGUGCACAGAAAUUUGUUUAACUACACAAUUUUAGUGUUUGAUGUAUAAAUAUCUUUAUAUAUAGACCAGUAACCACUUAACAACAACCAAAUCAAAUCUCCCCAAAGAUUUAUACUGAAGUUAACCUCUUAAGAUCAGCAUCUCUCAGAAACAACCAAACACUUUCCCUCCUAAAGGGGGUUUAAGACUCAGUAGAAGUUGUACUGUUUUAGCUUUUGCAGAUGAUGGAUAAAUUUUGGGAAGUCAGUUGUUUCUAUUGUGUUCAGAAUUUCUCUAAAAAGAUAAUGAUAAAAUUGAGGAGUAUUUAUGUAUUAUAUUAUUUAUAAUGCAAUAGAUGUUUUUUUUUUUUUUAAGUUUUAUUUUUUUUUGUUAAUGGUGCUCAUUUUGUUUUAUUCUUUGUUGAUUUUUUUGCAGGAAAUCAUAUGAUUAUUUUCAUUGAUAAGGUUUUUUGUGUGUAAUUUUGUUAUUUUUUUGUUUUAUUAUCAUAUGCCCAAUUUUUUUUUUUUAGAUAUUAUUGUUCAAGAAUUUGUUUAAACACAGUAAUAAAUGCAGACAUACACAUUAUCUAUGUAUUAAAACAUACUUACAGGAGGGGCUGUCAGUAUGUAUAUGAUGUUGUAUCAGGUAAUGGUAAUUUAAGGUCUUCUAGCAGCAAGUGAUUCUACCCUGACCUGGGUUCCAGUCUGUCCAUUUUUUGUGUGCUUCUGUUCCGCAAAUCGACAUUGAUAUUAUCAAAAAUACGAACAAGUAUGAAAUAGCGCGUAUAUAAUGAAUUAGCAAAAACAUAUAGAAUUGGAUUUAGGCGUUGAUAUUUUUUUUGCUUAUCAGACCAAGAUCAGCCAGAAUAUUGAUGCUGUCUGAUCAUGGUCUGCACUUUCCGCUGUUCAUUCAAUACUUGUAUUGAGCUUUUCCAUAAAAAUGAUGAAUGCUUUAGUCCAUAUUACAAAAUGGACGAGACCUUUUGAAAAUAUUUAUAGUGGUAAAAGUUAAUAAAAUUGAACUGUAAGUUUCCCUCAAAAUUGUAUAAAUAACACCUGCACUGUUAAAUAAUUGUAUAUAAUGGACCAGCCCUGUUUUGAGAUUAUUUCAAGGGGGUUAAUUAUCUAACACCUCAAACUCAGCUUGCAAUAGUCUAAUCAGAGGACUUCAGAGAACCAUGGGAAGGUUUGGUAAUUUGCUUCAGUUUAUCCUCAUUCUUUUAUUUUUAAGGUUGAUGCAGGGAGCCAGGGAAAAGUUUGAUACCUGGCUUUAUGCAUUAACCGGUCAUUAGUCAUAUAGUUUUAUAUUAAUUCAGGGAACAAUGGAAUGAUUUGGUGCCUUGUUCCAUGCAUUUUAUAUACAUCUAUAUAUAAAUCCAUGGGUGUUACAGUCAAUACAUUGUAUUCAGUGUCCAGUCAUUGGUGCAUUUCUUAAUACUCAUAAUAAAUCAGGCAGCCAUAGAAUUAUUCCAACAACAACUGUUGGUUUAUAAGCUUAAUGCUACUGUAGAUACUAGUCCAACAAAUUGUGUGCCAGGGCUUACAAAGGGCGGCUAUGUUAAAGAUAGACCUAAUAUCAGUUUGUAAAAUCAGUUACUCCUAGAAAACAUCUGUUGUUGAAACAUUAGAUUUGUAUUUGCUUUAUUUGAACUUUGUUAGUCUUGUAAUUUUAUUGUUAAUGCAUAGUGCAAUAUGUUCACACACAAACAUUCUUUAAGACCUACACAAGUACAUAGGAAAUUUUUGUAUGUUAACAGAGAUACCUUAAAACUUUGAAUUACGAGGAAUUGUUUUAACAAAAUAUUAAAACAUCACAUCAUUAUUGCACCAUUAUAUUUCUACUAUCACAAAAUCAGUGUAAUUUGAAUUAUGUAUAUAUUUAAUUUUAACUCUUUGUUAAAUGCUAAUUUUAGAUUUUAAAGAUUAAUGGAAACAAUUGCUGAAAAUUGCCUGACUAGAAAAAACCUUAUGUUAAUAUUUUUUGUCUUUUUCAUAAUAACAAGUAUAGUUAUAAGGAGAAAAUAAAGUUGAAAUCCAUGUUUAAUGUCUGAAUGCACAAUAUUUUAUAUCAUCACUUUACUGAACAAUUUAUCAUGGACAUCUGUCACUGACUUCUUAUCUUCAC